CCACUUGUUGGAGUCACUCCGCCUGUAUAUGGUGGAAAAGGAGACGCUCCUGGCAGGAAAGGGGUCAGGCUUGUGGUUCAGCGCCUCCUCUUAAAUUAUUUCAUUUAACAUUUUCUCAAGUAUCACGAUUAUCAGGAUGGAACCACUGGUUGCUGCCAUUGACCAGGGCACGAGCUCGACAAGGUUCCUGGUGUUCAACGCCAAAACAGCAGAACUGAUCAGUCACCAUCAAGUAGAGAUCAGCCAAAUCUUCCCCAAGGAAGGAUGGGUGGAGGAGGACCCAAGGGAAAUAAUCCAGUCUAUCUACGAGUGCAUAAAUAGGACCUGCGAGAAACUUGGCCAGCUCAACAUUGAAGUCUCCAACAUAAAAGCGGUGGGUGUGACGAAUCAGCGAGAGACAACCCUGGUCUGGGACAAAGAGACAGGACAACCACUCUACAAUGCCAUUGUUUGGCUGGACCUUCGCACACAGUCGACAGUAGAGAGACUCAUUAACAAAGCUCCAGGCAAAGAUAAGAACCACCUUAAGUACAAGACAGGGCUUCCAAUCAGCACUUACUUCAGUGCAGUAAAACUGCGUUGGCUGCUAGACAAUGUGGAUGAAAUACACGAGGCAGUGGUCAAAGACCGCGCUAUAUUUGGCACCGUAGACUCCUGGAUAAUCUGGUGUCUAACAGGUGGCAAGAAUGGAGGUGUCCACUGUACUGACGUGUCAAACGCCAGUCGCACGAUGCUCUUUAACAUCCAUACCAUGGACUGGGAUCCUGAAUUAUGCAGAUACUUUGAUAUACCAAUGGAUAUCCUGCCCGAAGUCCGAAGUUCCUCUGAAAUAUAUGGCUGGAUGAAAUCUGGCUUACUUGAAGGAGUUCCCAUCUCAGGGUGUCUUGGUGACCAGUCAGCUGCAUUGGUUGGUCAUAUGUUCUUUGAGGAAGGAGAAGCCAAAAACACUUACGGCACUGGUUGCUUUUUGCUCAGGAAUACGGGAACCAAGCGUGUGAUGUCAGACCAUGGCCUGCUCACCACAGUAGCCUAUAAGCUAGGGAAGGAUAAGCCUGCCUGCUAUGCGCUUGAAGGUUCAGUUGCCAUUGCUGGGGCAGUUGUUCGGUGGCUUAAGGACAACAUGGGCAUUAUUCAGACAUCCUCAGACAUCGAGAAACUAGCUGCUGCAGCAGGCACGUCGUAUGGCUGUUACUUUGUACCAGCAUUUUCUGGACUCUACGCUCCCUAUUGGGAACCAAGUGCUAGAGGGAUUAUUUGUGGGCUCACACAGUUUACCAAUAAGAACCACUUAGCCUUUGCAGCCCUUGAGGCUGUGUGCUUCCAGACUCGAGAGAUCCUUGAUGCAAUGAACCAGGACAGUGGCGUCCCCCUGAAACAGCUGGGGGUGGAUGGGGGCAUGACAGCCAACCGAUUACUGAUGCAACUGCAGGCAGACAUACUCUGUAUACCUGUCGUGCGACCGACCAUGUCAGAAACCACAGCACUGGGAGCUGCUAUGGCAGCAGGAGCAGCAGAGGGGGUCAAUGUGUGGAACCUGAGCCCUGGUCAGCUCCCACAUCUCACAUCUGAGAGAUAUGAACCCGAAUUGAACCCUGAAGAGAGCGAGUACCGCUUUGCUCGUUGGAAGAAGGCUGUCCAGAAAGCCAUGAACUGGGAGACCAUAGAUGUUUGCUACAAUAGCAACGAUCAAAAUAACACAAACUAAACCAAUUGGCGCAAUCAUUAAUCUGUUUUGGGCCAAAAUAUUUUUUUGAUGCCGAUUCAAUCCCCGUUUUCCACUAAAUGUUCUUGGGGACUACAAGACUUCACACUGACUGAUGCACAAAUGCAAAAGAAGAGGAGAAAGAAAGAGCACGGUGUGGCAAUCUGUUUUCACUGUAUUGACAUGGACCAACCGUAGGAAUGCGUGUACUGUCUACAAUCUCAGCUAUAAAAAACACUAUGCAAGAUCAUUUCUUUCAAGGAUGAUCUCACGUGAACACGUCUGGCAUCAACAGCUUAGAACAGCUUCUUUUGCAAUGUUUUGAUAUGGCAUCAACUGUCGCCUACUCUCUUAAAACUUGUAUCCUAGAUGAGAUGUAUUGUCAUUAAAAAAAAAACUAUAUAUUCGAUACUGAAGUGGACAUUACCCAACACUGAAUUCAGGACUGUUGCCGGCAGUGGUGAGGUGUUGGAUAUGAGGAGUAUAUCCCCACAUCUAUGGGAAUCAUGCUACAGGUUGAGAGAUGCUUUGCUCAUUGACAAGAAGGAGAGUAAAAAAAAAAGUCCAACAUGAACUGUAUACGUACUUCUCUACAGGUCAUGGCCCAUUAUCGUGCAAAAGAUAGUAUUACUACUGUACAUCACAGUUCAGUUUUUUUUUUUUUUUAAUGCUCCAAAUAAUUUAAAUUUGUGCUCUACCGGAAUCUUAACUGUACUUUUUUUAAUUGUGCUGCCAAAAAACGCAAACCUCAUGUCACCUCACAGGUCAGCAGCAGUAAUUUGAGUCACCAGAAAAUGUUUGUGAUAAUGGAAGACAAUGGAAUAGCAUGACCAGAUCCAAGCUGCUUUAAGGGAAUAAAGGAUUUCACUACUCUCUCUGACUUUCAUUCUCAUCUGUACUAAUCCAUCCCAAAUAACACAGACAUUUUGAAAAAUGUGUUGCACUUAAGGCAAUUAAACCACUUUCCUAUUCUUUUCGAAAGUGUUCUUCAACCUUUAAGAGUAAUAAAUAGGAGUUUGACUAGUUAAUGUACGGCUGAAAAUGGAAGUUCAUAGUCAUGUACCUUUUGCUAAAAUAAGAAUAUUGAACUUUUUUUCCUAUCUAUUCUACAAAUAAACACUGAACCAAGGUUAUCUGCAAUGUGGGACCACUUCAGCCCUUAAAAACGUGUGGCAAAUCACUUGUCUUUACAGGUAACCUCCACCUGAUCUGAUGAUACAUCGUA